AAAUUCAAAGUUGUACUUUCACGAACCACUUAAACCAAGCUCAUUCCAGACUCACGCUGACAUCUGUUGAAAAGUGCAUUGUGCACUUGUCAGCUCAUCAAAAGCAGCGUUCACGUUACGAGAAGCACGGAUUGGAUCGUCGUUGCAUUUCUGGGACUAUCUGAGAGUGGAGGAUUUAGUUUUUCCAUCACUGAAAGUAACUGGAGUGGACUGAUCAACUUCAGAGUUCAGCAUGCCUCGGUCUUUCCUGGUAAAGAAGUAUUUCACCAGCAAGAGGCCAAACUACAGCGAGCUGGAAUGUCAGAACGACACUUCACCAGACAGAUACCCGCUAGCAGAGCUUCCAGCAGUCAGCAAUGACUUCCCAGUGACGUGUUUGACCACCGGACUGGUCUGGGACGUCAGCUUGCUACCUUCCCUUCACAAUUCCCCAUCCCCGUCCACCCUCUCCACAAACCAGGGCCCGCUGGACCUCAGCUCCCCAUCCAGCAUCAGCUGCAGCAGCAGUGGGGAAGAAGAUGAAGGACGGACGUCAGACCCACCAAGCCCAGAUUCCUCUGACACCUAUCACCCCCAGCAAACUAGCAGGCCGCGACGCUCCAACAAGAGCAGGGCUGGACAGAGAGAGGACAAGAGCGAGGCUGCAGUUACUGCCGCCAGUCGACCAGCCUUCUUCUGCAAGCACUGUCCUAAAGAGUACAACAGCCUCGGGGCGCUGAAGAUGCACAUCCGCUCCCACACACUGCCCUGCGUCUGUCCCACCUGCGGAAAGGCCUUCUCCAGACCCUGGCUGCUGAGGGGACACAUUCGCACACAUACAGGUGAGCGUCCGUUCUCCUGCCCACACUGUAACCGUGCCUUCGCAGACCGCUCGAACCUCCGCGCGCACCUGCAGACCCACGCAGAUGUGAAGAAAUACCAGUGCAGCACCUGCUCUCGCACCUUCAGUCGCAUGUCACUGCUGCAGAAACACAGCGCGGCCGGUUGCUGUCCCUCCACGGCCAAUGUCCAAUAGCCAUUUUAUUCUAAUUCAGGACUAAUGAGAAAAGCUUCUUCUCUAAACGGGCACAAUAUUCAACAGAAGGAUGACGCAUCAUUAAAGCGGACUUCUUAAAACAUUUCCAAAUGCCUUUUUCCUCGAACCAAAAUACUUCAGAUGAAGGAAUUAUGAAUGUUAAGGGUGUCCUGAAGCAGCUGCUGUCAGGUUGGGGGUGGGUUGACUAUGGUAGGGUAUGUCUCUCAGCAUGACACACACACACACACACACACACACACACACACACACACACACACACACACACACACACACACACAGACAGAGACAGCUGUUGUGUGGUGCGGAGGCAGUGUGCUAACAGGUGCCCUGACCGCCACAUCUCUGAAAACAGGUGGCGUCUGCUGAUUUCUCUGGAAACACACUUGGAGAGAGUCCUUAUGGAGCACAGUUGACUGCUUUACUUUUUUUUGAUGUUGUUGGUUUUAAAGUUUUGUAGCUUGCAUGCGGAAGGUGCAUCGCAUGUUUUUUUUUUUUCCAAUAAUUCUUUUCACCAAAGAUUGUUUUUUUUACUCUGUCUAUUGUUCUUUUUUUGUACAGUUUUAAGUGCACUCCAAUUUACCAAAGAGUAUUGAAGUCCAUUCAUUUUGUAUUAUAUCGAGUGAUUGGACCAUUGAAACCAAAGCCAUGCUUUUUCUUUUGUGUGUGUGUAAUUUAAAGAGUUUUGAGACACUUCUGAAUUUGUGAGGAAACGGACAUUCUUAUUAAACAACUACCAAAUUUUAUACACCUAUCUAUAUUCCAUCAACUUUUCGUCACAUUUUAUUGAUGCCAGAAUUUGUGCAUAAAGUGUUUUCUUAAAACCGAAUGAGUUCAGUGCAAUUUUUAGCAUUUUGUUUUUCUUAUUUCUUUUGUAUUUGUCCAAAUCAUUUCCAUUCAAUAAAAUAAUUUAAGUUUAUACAAAGA